GGCGGAGGCAGAGGCGGCGUCCCCUCCCGGCCGAGGCCGGGCUCGGGGCGGGGCGCGCGGCAUCCCGCGGGGGGCGCCAGUCCCCAGAGCUCGCCGCCGUCGCCAAAGUUUCCCGGAGGCGCCGCAGGCCGCCCUUCCUGCCAGCCGCGGCGGGCGCCGUCUCCUCUCCACAGAACCCGCGCCCCACAGCGCACAGCUCCGUACCCAGCUCCGGGGGCCGCGCACGCGCGCCGCCCGGCCCUGUACUCCCUUCCCCCGCCCCGCCUUGCCCUCGCCGGGUCCUCCCGGGCCCCGCCCGCCCGUGUGCCCCCCAGCCCCGAGCCAAGCCGAGCCAAGCCGAGAGGAGCCGAGCGGAGCCGAGCGCAGCGCUGGGCGCCCGGACAGGCCAUGGAGGAGGAGCGGGGGUCGGCGCCCGCCGCCGAGUCGGUGCUGGAGAAGAACGUGGCCGAACUGACCGUCAUGGACGUGUACGACAUCGCGUCGCUCGUGGGCCACGAGUUCGAGCGGGUUAUCGACCAGCACGGCUGCGAGGCCAUCGCGCGCCUCAUGCCCAAGGUCGUGCGCGUCCUGGAGAUCCUGGAGGUGCUGGUCAGCCGCCACCACGUCGCGCCCGAGCUGGACGAGCUGCGUCUGGAGCUGGACCGGCUGCGCGUGGAGCGGAUGGACCGCAUUGAGAAGGAGCGCAAGCACCAGAAGGAGCUGGAGCUGGUGGAGGAUGUGUGGCGAGGGGAGGCACAGGACCUGCUGUCACAGAUUGCACAGCUGCAGGAGGAGAACAAGCAGCUGAUGACCAACCUCUCCCACAAGGACGUCGGCUUCUCGGAGGAGGAGUUCCAGAGGCACGAAGGCAUGUCGGAGCGGGAGCGGCAGGUGAUGAAGAGGCUGAAGGAGGUGGUGGACAAGCAGCGUGAUGAGAUCCGCGCCAAGGACCGCGAGCUCGGCCUGAAGAGCGAGGACGUGGAGGCCCUGCAGCAGCAGCAAACCCGCCUAAUGAAGAUCAACCAUGACCUUCGGCACCGGGUCACUGUAGUGGAGGCCCAGGGCAAGGCCCUGAUCGAGCAGAAGGUGGAGCUGGAGGCGGAUCUGCAGACCAAAGAACAGGAGAUGGGCACCCUGCGGGCAGAACUCGGCAAGCUGCGGGAGAGGCUGCAGGGUGAACUCAGCUGCAACGGGCAGGAGGAGCCCGAGGCAGAGCCCAGCACAGAGGAGUGUGUGUCCGACGACACGGAGAAGGUGGCCAUGGACCCCAAGGACCCUGGCCGCCCCCGGUUCACGUUGCAGGAGCUGCGGGACGUGCUGCAUGAGAGGAAUGAACUCAAGGCCAAGGUGUUCCUCCUGCAGGAGGAGCUGGCCUACUACAAGAGUGAAGAAAUAGAAGAGGAGGCCCGAAUACCCCAGCCGGCACCUGUCGCACAUCUGAGACUAUCCCCACAGCCGGAGUCCGGUAUCAAGCGACUUAAAGAAGGUCCUUUAAGCGACGGGUUUAGCUUCUUCUCCCGAGACAAGAAGCGCCUGGCCAACAUGCAGAGGAACGUGCACGUCCAUGAGUCCUUUGGCCAGUGGGCAAACAGCCAUCGUGACGACGGGUACACGGAGCAGGGACAGGAGGCCCUGCAGCACCUGUGACCCUGGCCCUGACCACUGCCACCCACGCCUCAAGCCCUAGAAGUUCUAGGACACCCCACUUUGAGGAUGGGCACGAGAAACUGAUGCCAAACUCUGAAGAAACAUUUAUUUAUACCCAGGGCUGCAGUAGAGGACUCUGCCUUAGGAUAUAUAUUUAAUAACGCCGCCGACUGAGGCCAGAUUUUCGCACUAACUUUAGUGACAAGCUUCUUCAAGCCAAAUACAUCACUCAUCACUGUAACUGCCACCUGAUUGACUUUGGAUGAAACUCGAGGUGCAAAGGUUUUAUCACACGUGUCAUACUUCCCAUGGGAGGCCGAAGAGGGGCAGCUUUUCAUUAUCAUGAAAUUGUGCUGUUCUGUGGGCGGAGUGACGCGCGUCUGUGAUCUCAGCGUUGCAGAGGCUGAGGCAGGAGGACUGUGAGUUUGAGGCCAGCCUGGACUAUGGAGUGAGUUUAAGGCCAGCCCAAACACCACAGCAAGAUCCUGUCUCAGAAAUUUGUGGCCACGGCAGAUGGGAUGGGAUGGGACGGAUCAACUGGACUACAGCUUCUGAAGCAAAGGCUCCCCACCCGCCUCUGCCCCAGGUGAAGCACAGGACUAAGUGGCAGUCCUCCUGCAGAGACGGGACGGGGCUUGUUGGAGAGGACUUCUCCCAGGUGCUCUGGGGCAUGUGCCUUGGGGAGGGAGGCGGCCGCGGGUCCGCUGAGAGCCCCACAGUACUAACCAACAGAGUUGCCACAGAUCA